UGUGUACUUAGCUGCUAUUUUCAUCUUUAAACAAGUCAUCUACUUUAUCGUUUCAACUCCGCUUACGUUGAGAAGCGUCAUCAAUUGGAUUAUUCAUCUGUAUCGCAACAAUACAGGCAUCAGGUAUCCGUAUCUUCACGCGUCUAAUAUUGUUCGCUCUUCAAAAUUGAUGGGUGAAAGUUGAAACACUCGUUGGCAAUCCCACUUGAACCAAAAAAAUGAAUAUGAAUCAUAGUAUGAACGGACAUGGACAUGGACACAAUACAACACAAGCAAUGGGCUCGUAUCACGUUCUGGGCCGUCACACUGGUGGUCAUGAGAUGUAUUUCCAAUUCAGUUCAAAGGCGACUAUUCUAUUCAAAGAAUGGGACAUUGACAGUAUUGGAGGCAUGGUUUGGUCAUGUGUUGUUGUCUUUAUUCUUGCAAUUCUUUAUGAAGGCUUCAAGGUGUUUCGAGAAGUAUUAAGAAAUAAGUACGCUACGUCUGUGUCGUACAAUGUUUCAGAAAAUGGUCUUUCAGCCAGAAGUAAAGGACCACAAGAUGUAACUGUGCAUAUAAACAAAAAUCUUUACUGCAACUGGCAUCAUUUGCUUCAGUCCUUUUUACACAUGAUUCAAGUUGCCUUCAGUUAUUUUCUUAUGUUAAUUGCUAUGACUUUCAAUGGUUGGCUGUUCAUCUCUGUUUGUAUUGGCGCUGGUUUUGGCCAUUUUAUCUUCAGUUGGAAAGUCAAUCGUCCUUAUGACGUAAACGAACACUGUCAUUGACACGUGCUAAUGACGUAAGAAGUGAAAUAACCUGCUGUCGUCAUUACAAUUCAAAACUGGUUUUGACGUGAUUUUAUCGAGUAAUUUUUAUAUCUAUUGUAGUUAAAUAAUAUUGCUCAAUAAGUAGAACUGUAUAAUUGAAAAA